AUGGAAAAUAUUAUUCAAAGAGAGGAAGAAGCUGGAGAAGAAAGGGAAACAAAUAUGAAUGUAUUCCGUGAACUUCCUUCCAUCCAAUUGUGCAGUUGUCCGAAUUUCACGAGUUUUAAUAUGGAAGCCUGUCCUAUUAAAUUGCCAUCUAUAAAAAUGAUCAGUUUGAAUAAUUGUCCAAAAUUGAAGGCAUUUGGGUCAGAAACUCAGAGCCGAAGAAAACCAAAGAAAAUGGACACAAAACUGGAUUCAAGAGGCCAAGGUUCCUCAGUAGUACGAGAUUCCCCUGAUUUUCUUGGCGGAUGCCUUGAGUCAUGUGUACCACAUCGCAAGAAUCAUAAACCGGUGGUUGUCUCAUAUCAAAGCAUCAGCAAGAGAUCCAAAGGAAGCUCCUCUGUAGGGCGAACUAAGCACUACAAUCAUGGACAAAUACCAAAUGAUCCUGCCAUCACAGAGGUUACAUUGACUAAGCAAGAGCAAAGUGUGACUGAAGAGACUGACAAUCAAGUAAAGAUAUGGUCUCUUAUCCAACCCAACUUGGUUGAGAGUUUGCAAAAUCUAGGACUUGGUAUAACUGCUUGUGAUUUAUUGGAAGUGAUAUUUCAACUGGAGGGGCUGAAUGUUGAGGAAAGCCUUGUCUUCAACAAUUUGACAUGGUUAAGUUUAGUCUAUUUUGGUAUGGCUACAUGA